CUUUUAAUCCGACGGUGGAUGCGCCGUAUGUUUAUCAGAUCAUAGUCUUCCCGCCUCGCAUAUUCUAAACCUCCGCCAUUCCUUAACCUACGCACCGCGGCCUAUCUUAAAACCCGGCGCACGCUAAGCAAACCCUAUAUAUACCGAAUUGCUCGCCUCAUUUCUUCUGAAUCCUUCUCCUCUGCUGCUGUCUGAAGACAGAAGAAAUAAAAAAAAAAAAGAGAUGAGGGAAAAAACGUCGUGUCAUUCCAAUCAAAACAGAACGUGAUUCUCGGCGAGCGGCCGGAUCGGAUUCGGAUCGGACGGUGGAGAUCGAGCUAAGGUGGAUUUUGAUUCGACCAGAUGAGGAUCAGGAAGGAUAAGGCGGGGGAUGAAUUCAGGGUGGAGGAGUUGAGGGAUCGGAUGCAGGCGUCUCGGGCGAGUCGACUCAAUCUGAUAUUGAACGAGUUCAGAAUUGAUACGAAUCGGAGGCUACCGAGUGCGGAGAGCGUCAUGGAAGGGAUUAAGGGGUGUUCUGAAGGUCUCAUUAUCCUUCCCGAUAACAGGUGGUAUGAGGUCUGGACUCAUUUCAUACUGGUGUGGGCCAUCUACUCUUCCUUCUUCACCCCUAUGGAGUUCGGCUUUUUCCGGGGCCUUCCCAAGAAAUUCUUCUUCCUCGACAUUGCUGCGCAAAUCUUCUUUUUUGUAGAUAUCGUCCUCACCUUCUUCGUCGCCUACCGGGACAGCCAGACCUAUCGUAUGGUCUACAACCGCAACCUCAUCGCCCUCCGCUACUUGAAAUCGUGGUUCAUACUGGACUUGAUUGGGUGCUUUCCUUGGGAUGCCCUCUACAAGGUGUUUGGAGAAAAAGAAGAAGUGAGGUACCUUUUAUGGAUUCGUUUAAGUCGGGCAUGCCGAGUCACAGAUUUCUUUCACAAGAUGGAGAAGGACAUACGCAUUAAUUAUCUCUUUACGAGGAUAGUGAAACUCAUCGUUGUCGAGCUCUAUUGCACGCAUACGGCCGCUUGCAUAUUUUACUAUCUAGCUACCAGUCUGCCUGCUUCUCAGGAAGGGUACACAUGGAUAGGAAGUUUAAAGAUGGGUGAUCAUAGUUUCACAAACUUCAGAGAAAUUGAUCUUGCGAGGCGAUACUUUACAUCAUUAUAUUUUGCAAUAGUCACCAUGGCAACUGUUGGUUAUGGUGAUAUACAUGCGGUCAAUACCAGGGAAAUGAUAUUUGUCAUGAUUUAUGUUUCUUUUGACAUGAUUCUGAGUGCUUAUCUGGUUGGCAACAUGACAGCAUUAAUUGUGAAAGGAUCAAACACUGAAAGGUUUAGGGACAAAAUGACAGAUCUGAUCAAAUACAUGAACAGAAAUAAACUUGAAAAGGAUUUACGUGACCAGAUCAAAGGGCAUGUGCGCUUACAAUAUGAAAGCCGCUAUACAGAUACUGCUGUUCUUCAGGAUAUUCCAGUCUCUAUUCGUGCUAAGAUUUCACAAAACUUAUAUAAGCCUUAUAUUGAAAAUGUUACCCUUUUCAAAGAAUGCUCACAGGAAUUCAUUGAUAUGAUGGUCAUUAAACUACAUGAGGAAUUUUUUCUCCCUGGUGAAGUGAUUAUGGAACAGGGCACCAUGGCAGACCAACUUUAUUUUGUCUGCCAUGGGAUGUUGGAGGAGGUGACCAUGGGGCAAGAUGGAUCUGAUGAGACUGUUUUAUUUCUGGAGCCUAACAGUUCUUUUGGGGAAAUUGGAAUUCUUUGUAACAUUCCUCAGCCUUACACAGUUCGUGUUCGCGAACUGUGUAGACUCCUAAGAAUUGAUAAACAAUCUUUUUCAAACAUCCUAGAAAUAUGUUUCUCUGAUGGGCGGAAGAUCUUGAACAACCUUCUUCAGGGAAAACGGUCUGGUAUUCGGGUCAAGCAACUGGAAUCCAACAUCUCAUUUCAUAUUUCAAAGCAUGAAGAUGAGCUUGCUUUGCGGGUAAACAGUGCUGCUCAUCAGGGAGAUCUGUGUCAUCUAAAAGAUCUGAUACGAGCUGGAGCAGACCCCAAAAAGACAGACUAUGAUGGCCGGUCGCCUUUGCAUAUUGCAGCAUCAAGGGGUUAUGAAGAUAUUACGGCUUUCCUUAUAGAAGAAGAGGUAGAGAUUAAUCUUCCUGAUAAGUUUGGAAAUACUCCCUUACUAGAAGCCAUCAAGAACGGACAUGAUCAUGUGGCUUCUGUACUAGUCCAAGGAGGAGCAUUGUUAGGUAUUGAUGAUGCAGGAUGCCGUCUUUGUUCGGCUGUCGCACGGCGUGAUUUUGAUUUCUUGAAAAGGGUUUUGUCACAUGGCAUUGAUCCGAACUCAAAAGAUUAUGAUCACCGGACCCCGCUUCACAUAGCGGCUGCAGAGGGGGUAUAUUUGAUGGCGAAAAUGCUGUUGGAUGCUGGGUCAAGUGUUUUCCUAAAGGACAGAUGGGGAAACACUCCGCUCGAUGAGGCCCGCAUGUCCGGAAGCAAGCCCGUGAUCAAGCUACUUGAAGAUGCCAAGUCAUCCCAACUGUCCGAACUCUGUAAUUCAUCUCAACAUAUCCAAGCUUUGUGUGGGUCAACAUUCUAUGCAAGGAGGGUCCACCAUUUGGUGCUUUAGGUCAGCCAUCCACCGACCCUACUAUGAACUCCAAGCCAUCCAAUCCAUGGAAUCUCUUGAGUAGCAAUAGACUGUCAACUGUGCUUCCCUUUCGACUGUCCAUUUGCUGGCCAAUGAAUCGGUUGCUGGGAUUGUCUUGGGGCCCAUAAGAUGAAAAGCCUCAACCACUCAUGGUGGGCCUCAUUUGUACAGAAAGCUGGCCCAUUGCAACUCAGGCUUAGAUUGUAUACCUCCUCACUUGACACAUAUAGGUGCAAAGGUCCAUGCUUCUUCUUUGAAACUCAUUUUACAGUGAAACACGAACAAAUCCCAAAUGCUAUCCAUCCAUUGCAUCAUUAGCCCUGGAAAUUCCUAUCACCAUCUGAU